CACGUAACCACUACGUGCCAGACGACGCGACCAAGACGUAUAAAACAAAACCGCCACACCCGAGCCUUCACGGUUGAUCAUGGAGCUGGAAGGAUGAACAACAGUUGGGAUGAAACUAUUUCCCUUGACCGUUUCCACGAUCUGUUCGCAAGUACUUCAUCGUCGAUUCUAGACACCGAUUAACCCUUCUUACAAAGAAUCAGACGAUUGGAAAACUCUUUCCCGCUCGUUCGUUCAUGAGCCGUAGAUGAACGAACGCUCGUUAAAUACGAAGAGCAGACCGCAGAGAGACAAGCGAGCGAUCGGAUGACAGAGAUGGGAUCGGGCGCCAGUGUGAGGAUCUCACCCACGACCUAUCACAAAGAAUCAACACAAAUGUGUAAUAUACAGGUGGCAUGGAGGAGAAACAAAAAGAUUGAGAAAAUGCUUCAUGCAGCAAAACUGGAAGCUUCCAAAACAGUAAAACUGCUCUUAUUAGGUGCCGGUGAAUCAGGAAAGAGCACAAUCGCAAAGCAAUUAAGAUUAAUUCAUUUGGAAGGAUUCAAUGAGGAUGAGCGUCACGUGUUUAGUCACAUCAUACGAUCAAACGUUACAGAGUCUAUCUUAUCACUCUUAGGUGCUAUCAACAAACUUAACAUUGAACACAAUGAUCCGAAAUUUGAGAACGAUGCAGCCUAUUUCUACUCCUACAUGGAAAUGAUAGGAACACGUGAUCAUGAAUUCACCCCUGAGCUGACCCAAGUAAUGGAUAGGAUAUGGAACAACCAUGGCAUCCAGGAAUGUUACAGAAGAAGAAAUGAGUUCCAGCUCCUCGACAAUGCAAGCUAUUUCUUCGGAAGAUUAUCUGAUAUCUCAAGUGAUAACUAUAUUCCAUGCGAUGAUGAUAUUAUCAGAGCAAGAAUCAAGUCAACUGGAAUUAUCGCUACAGAAUUCAAAUUUAGAAAACGGAAAUUUGUGGUUGUUGAUAUAGGUGGCCAACGCACAGAGAGACGGAAAUGGAUACAUUGCUUUGAUGACGUCACAGCUAUCAUGUAUACUGUGGCUAUUAGUGCCUUCGAUCAGAAGCUGAGAGAGGAUCCUAAAAAGAAUCGGAUGAUGGAGAGUAUGGAGAUAUUCAAUGCGGUAUGUAACAGUAUGUGGUUUAGAAAGACGCCACUCAUGAUCUUCUUCAAUAAAAUGGACCUGUUUGAAGAGAAGAUAAAAACCAUCCCACUCUCUGUCUUCUGUUCAGAGUAUACAGGAUCCAAUAGCUCCCGCGAAGCAAGAAAUUACAUUUGCGACAAGUUUCUGGCACUGAACAAGUUUCGCCAUCGUCAGAUCUACCACCAUUUCACAGUGGCCACCGAUACAGGCAACAUUCAAUUUGUGUUUGAUUCUUGCGCAGAUGUUAUCUUGAAGAGUUCUCUCGAAUCAAUUGGAAUGUUCUAAGAAACAAUUUUGGUUGUGUUUUGGAUAUGAUUGAAUGCAUUUGUGACUAAACGACUGUAUCUUCUAACAAUGCACCGUACAUGAUGAAGGCUUUUGUUGUGGAGAAGGUUCAGAUCAGAAGCGUCUUCCAGGGCUAACCUCAACAGGAAGAGUUAUAAUCAUAUAUGACUCAUAAGAAUUAAAAGCGACUGGUUUUUAAACCAAUUAGGAGUGGUGAAUUAAGGACCUGCAUUUGGUUCUAUGCAUCGGGACCCUGGGAUGAAAUGGCGAUUGAGUGAUACAGACGAGUCUUCCGUAAAGGCCGUUGGUGGCUCUUGGUCAAAAGGAAGGUCCAAACUGUAAAAUGAAGUCAGGGUCGCUUAGGAAAGCUUACGGGUAUUUGAAUAGUUGUGUGAUGGAAUGGCGAUAUUGAUAUAAGAACUCAGGAU